CUAGAGUCGAGAAUUCUGCAGUUGAUUCUUCGCCAACAAGACACUUGCGAAUUUCCAAAGAUAAAGGUGGAUCUUCGCCAUUUUGUUAGGCUUCGAAGUUCUAUUGCAAUUCAACAUCCGGAGCGUAUAUAAGGUCACCGAACAAACAGCGGCCGUUAUCAGCUAUGUCGGAACAGUAUACUACAGCCGGUAUUCGGGCCGGUGCCGUUCCAUCGACCGGAGCUCACGUCGAGAAUGUCUCCCCUCCACGCAAUCAUCAUGGUGUGCGGGCUUGCGUAGCCUGUAGACAGAUGAAGAGUCCGGAACUUGAAGAAUCCUGCAGUGUGGUGUAUUUUGGCGUUGCUUAGAGACACUGGCUGACCUUCGCUUCACUAGAUGAAAUGUGAGGGGUCGGAAAAUCCUCCAUGUAUCAGAUGUCAAAAAGUCGGUCGAGAAUGUGUUCCCCAGACUACAUAUCGUCAAAAAUCCAUUGUAGAGACGCGAAUCUCCGAUGUACGUGUGAAUCAACAUGCGUCAAGGAUCUCUUCGAUUGCAUCAAUACCUCGACCGCCAACGAAUAGCUUCAGAUUUCUUCCAGAUCCAAAGCCGAGAUCUGUAGAUCGUGAGCCGGCCAACGACUCCGUGAUACCAUGCAUAUACUCGACGCCACCAGUGGAUGCUGUUCUUGAGUCUCGCUUCAAGCCAUCUUCGUCGACAUCAUCACCGAGACCCAUGGAGUCAACCUUCCUUCGGAAACGCAAACGGCAGUCGACCUACAGCCCAAGCAAUGAAGCACUCACUCCAACCACGUCUAGCCUGGAAGUUGACCGUACUCUUCUUUCCAGGGCAGAGAUGAAAGAUAUGAUACAGCUAUUCACCCAACGCCAUCUUCCGUUCAUGUGUGUCUUCCGACCCCAGGACUUCGAGGAUACCGACUACUUGAUCGACAAUGACCUGCAAGUCGUCUAUUGCAUAUGUUUCGUUACCGCGAGAUAUCUCCCUGGCGGCAAGGAGAUGAGGGAGAGGCUACUACCUGAGGUAAUCAAAGUCCCGAGAGGUGUACUUUCGAUGCAAUCAGGAGCUCCUCAUGCGGACGAACUCUCGGCUCUGAAAAGCUUGUUCAUCCUCUUUCUCUACGCUGAUUUAACACCCCCGUCACGCUCCUCCAACCCGUCAGCAACUUCGGAAGUCCAAUUCUGGUACCUCAAGUCUGUGAUCGAAGUUUAUGGAACUCGCUUAGGACUCCAUCGCUCAUUGCAAGAUUUGCGGGCGGAGAUGAGGUCGAAUCCUGAUGGAAUCACGGAGACCAGAGCAUAUCAGAAAUACAUAUACUGGUUAUUUAUGUUUGCUACCUCACAUUACACUUCGAUUGUUAGUGGUACGCCUCCAACAAUUCAUAUCGACUCUUCUAUACGUGCAGCACCAUUAGUACUCCAAGAAAUCGGUGGGCAGAUGUUGUCAUCGUGUAAUUGCAAUCUAUUCGGUCAGAUCGACCUGAACCUAAUCUGGGAGAAGGCGAGUGCACAGCAUCCACGUUUAGGAGAGUGGUGGUCUCUCCCUGAUGUAUCCGAGGCAGUGGACGAGAACUCCGUUGAAGCAGUUCUGAGGGACACUGACCGGGAGAUCGAUGCAUGGUAUGAGAAAUGGUCGGGUUACCUCCAGGCCUCUGAGCAAGGAACAUUUCUUGAUUUUACUGCACGUUUCACUCGAUUCUGCAUUACAAGUUAUGCCAUAAAGUUCCUUAGGAAUUCCCCUCAGAGUCUCACGGCUCUGCAAAAGGACCAGAUCCGGAGGUGUGUAGCCUGUGCGAAUCAUGUUCUCGAAUGGCCUCUUGGUCGCAGUCCGAUCCAGAAAGAUAGGCUGCGCUACGUUGACGACACAGCAUGUGUCAUGGAUUCUUUCUGCUGUCUCUUCGUCAUCUCCGUCUGUCAGACCUACGCUUCCAUUAUCCCGAAUAUUUUCGACGUACUGGACAACGUCAUCGAGACAGCGCAACUCAUGGUUGAUCUCCAAGUUGGCUUCGACGACAGCCACAUGGUACAUGUUCAAGGGUCCUUUAUAUUAAAGCGGGCAGAGUCGAUGCGGACCGCGUUAGAGACGUCCAUGACCUUGGACAAACAGCAGGACCAAGCCAUUAUCUCUCCCCCGGCAUCAACUGGCUCGACUAUACCCGAACCUCCUAUCAUGUUUGAGGGUUUGGACAUGAUUCUUAAUGAAGAGGGCUUCUAUGCUAUGGAACCUCUCUGGGAUUUUUCGUUGCUGUUCCCAAGUGUAUGA